UUUGAGCGUCAUGCUCAAACCGUAUGCAGUGCGUCUCCGCCUGCCCCGGAGCGCGUAGGUCGCCGUCAACACACCGCGUAUGUAUGUAACAUAAACUGUUACAAAUAGAAACAGCAAACAAAAAUAAGAACAGGCACUGUAAAUCCGGUAUGAAGACAAACUACGAAAAGCUUCCUACAGAAGUUCAUCACCAGGGAUCGCCAAGGAGGCCAAACGCACAGCAUUGCCUCUCGGAGGCGGGUGGAGGCGGCGUCUCAGACUCUGACGACGAUUCGGAGGCACUGUCAUUGGCCCAAGGGGCAGCUGAGGGCAUGCGCACUGAGGAGGCCUGCCAGCUGCCCUUUGAUGUGGUGGCUGAGCGGCUCGGCACAGACCUCCGCCGGGGCCUGUCCUGGCAUGAGGCCCACCGUCGUCUCCUCACCGUUGGGGCCAAUGAGUUUGAGGUGCGCCAGGAAGAGCCACUAUGUAAGAAGUACCUAGAUCAGUUCAAGAAUCCACUCAUUGUGCUCCUUUUGGCAUCUGCAGUUGUCAGUGUCUGCAUGCAGCAGUUUGAUGAUGCAUUCAGCAUUACUGCUGCUAUCAUUAUUGUGGUGACAGUUGCCUUUGUUCAGGAAUAUCGUUCAGAAAAAUCACUUGAAGAGCUCAAUAAAUUAGUACCCCCAGCCUGCCAUUGCUUAAGAGGUGGCCAAGCAGAAACAUUUCUUGCAAAGAAUCUCGUGCCUGGUGAUAUUGUUAUUCUUAAUGUAGGAGAUCGUGUGCCUGCUGACAUCAGACUAUUCAGUGCUGUUGACCUAAUGAUUGAUGAGAGCAGUUUCACAGGUGAAACUGAACCAGCUGCCAAGGUGACUGCACCACUGGAGAAAGCAGGCAAUGGCAUUGCCUCCAAGCGCAACCUGGCCUUUAUGGGCACACUUGUUCGUUAUGGCAAUGGCAGGGGCAUCGUGAUAAACACUGGAGAAAAAUCGGAGUUUGGAGACAUAUUCAAGAUGAUGCAAGCUGAAGAGGCACCCAAAACACCUCUACAAAGGAGUAUGGACAGCUUAGGCAAACAGCUGUCAUUAUAUUCAUUCGGUAUUAUCGGUCUCAUCAUGCUUCUGGGCUGGAUCCAGGGCAGGCCCCUGCUUGAAAUGUUCAACAUUGGUGUCAGCCUUGCAGUGGCAGCUAUCCCUGAAGGUCUGCCUAUUGUGGUCACAGUCACCCUUGCCCUUGGAGUGAUGCGCAUGGCAAAGCGUAAGGCCAUCAUCAAGAAACUGCCAACCGUAGAAACUUUAGGUUGUGUUAAUGUAGUGUGCUCUGACAAGACAGGAACAUUGACGAAAAAUGAGAUGACUGUUUGCUCCAUCAUGACAUCAGAGCUUUACCAAGCUGAGGUUACAGGAGUUGGCUACAAUGCAGAUGGGCAUGUGAUUCUCACUGAGCCUGGAGAGAGAGAUGCCCAGAUGGAUUCACUGAGGCUAUUUCUUGAGUGUGGCUCCAUCUGCAAUAAUGCUGAUAUUUUGGGAAGUGAGCUCAGAGGACAGCCCACAGAAGGAGCCUUGUUGGCCGCUGCUCACAAGAUGGGAAUUUACGAUGUGAGAAACCAUUAUGUGCGGCUUCAGGAGAUCCCUUUCAGCUCUGAACAUAAAAUGAUGGCAGUGAAGGUCAUCCCCAAGUUUGGAGGGGAACAGGAGCAGUACUUUGUGAAGGGGGCACUGGAAAAAAUUUUGGCCCAUUGCACCCACUACAGUCACCAUGGCAUGCCAUUGCCAAUUACAACUGAACGCACAGCUCAGUAUAUCAAGGAGGCUCAGUUUAUGGGUCGCAAGGGUCUCAGAGUUCUCUCUCUGGCAAGUGGCACAAACCUGAACCAACUCAAGUUUCUGGGUCUAGUGGGCAUUAUGGACCCUCCCAGGCCAGGAGUGAGGGACUCCAUUGAGACACUCCAUAGCAGUGGUGUCAAUGUCAAGAUGCUUACUGGCGACUCUGAAGAAACUGCCUGCACUGUUGCGGCUCGCCUUGGUCUCCAUGCUGUGGGCAACAUUGUGCUCUCUGGGGAUCAGCUGGAUUCAAUGACCGACAGUGAGCUGCAGAGGAUCAUCGGAUCUGUGUCCGUGUUUUACAGGACAGGACCAGGGCAUAAGCUUCGUAUUGUUAAGGCUCUGCAGCGGAACAACUACAUUGUAGGAAUGACGGGUGAUGGUGUGAAUGAUGGAGUUGCUUUGAAGAAAGCUGACAUUGGUAUUGCCAUGGGCAAAAUUGGCACGGAUGUUUGUAAGGAAGCAGCUGACAUGAUUCUUGUUGAUGAUGACUUCUUCACAAUCAUGGCAGCAAUUGAAGAAGGAAAAGGCAUAUUUUACAACAUCAGAAAUUUUGUUACAUUCCAGCUGAGCACGAGCAUUGCAGCUCUUUCUUUGAUUGCAUUGUCCACACUAAUGAAGAUUCCCAACCCUCUGAAUGCAAUGCAAAUUCUUUGGAUAAACAUCAUCAUGGAUGGACCACCAGCACAGAGCCUUGGUGUAGAGCCUGUGGACCAUGAUGUGUUAAAGCAGCCCCCACGCAACACCAAGCAGCCCAUGAUCACAAGAGAUCUUAUAUUCAAUGUGGUGUUGUCCUCGCUCAUCAUCAUCCUCGGAACCUUGUUUAUCUUCCGAAAAGAGAUGAGUGACCAAAUUGUGACACCGAGGGACACCACCAUGACAUUUACUUGCUUUGUCUUUUUUGACAUGUUCAAUGCCUUGAGCUGCAGAUCACAGACGAAGUCUGUAUUCACCAUUGGGCUCUUCAGCAACCGCAUGUUCCUUCUCGCAGUGGCCUUUUCAGUGAUAGGGCAGAUGCUGGUCAUCUAUUUCCCACCACUGCAGAGGGUCUUUCAAACUGAAGCUCUGACUGCAUUAGAUAUUUGCCUCCUUGUUGGAGUAUCAUCAACUGUUUUUAUUGUAUCGGAGAUGAAGAAGUUUUUUGAAAGAAGCAUUUCGAGAAGGGUGCGGAAAAAGCAGUUUUUCGGCUCGGAUUUUGUUUAAAGUGCUGAGCUUUGACUGCUCUUUUUAUAAGCCGACAUUAGUCAAUGCAGUCUCUGGAUCCUUGAAUGCCUUUAUUUUUAUGAAUUUUAAGUUGGCUGGCAGUUAUUAUUUUAAACAGCCCUUAUUUUUUAUUUAUUUAUUUUUUUUUCUGUGUCAUUGCAGUGCAAAAAUGUUGAUGCACAAAAUCAUUCAGAUUAGACAUGGAAGAGUUGCAUAGGGAUUGCAGCUCAUUCAUCGUGAACUAUGUAAAUAGUUUUUGUAAAUAAGUGCGAGUGGGCAAGAUAUUGUGAUGCUGCAGGGUGAAGAGCUGAGGCACUUUGCCUGAUCAUGAAUGGUUUGCACAUUCAAAACUAGCCAAUGGUUGUGGCAGCAUUGUGGACAGGAAACCUGCAAAACUCUGGAUUCUUCCUCUCCCGUCCCUUUUAUUUGACAAAGGUCCUCAAUGUUCCCCUCCCCCAAUGCCCCUCCCUCCUCCCCCCCUUUUUUUUCUUCUUAUAAUUUACUUACAUGAAUGUGUCAGCGAUAAGUAUAUUCAGACAUCUGCAACUUUUCAAUCAUGCACACGCUUUGCUAUUUUAGUGGAGCACAAUGAUAGUAGUGCCUUGAGAAAUGCACAAUAGAGAACCAGCUGUAUUAUGUCCAUUCACGCUGCAUAUUUCUCAAGUGAAAAAAAAAAAUUUUUUUUUCUUCUUCUUUACAUGCUAAGAGCACAUUUAAUUUAUUACAAAUCAUGAUUCACUUAUUCCAAUGUUUAAGCUCUUGGCAACAAUACAAUUUAGUAUCCAUGCACAAAGCAAUAGCUGAUGGUGUCAGAAUGCAAGAAUGUGAUGUUCAGUUAUUUAGCUGUGAAUUUAUUUUUCUUUGGAGACUUCUUUCUUGUAUUUUUAUGUGCAAUUCUGUAACGUGUGUAGUCUGCAACUAGCUGUGUUGAUAAGGCUUAUCCUCGCAUCCUAUGUUUUAAGGUUACAGCAAGCUCUCACUUAUAUUCUUGACCCUUGAGUGCCAUGCCCAAGUGUGCUAUGGAGCACUUCCCUGUAUUUACACCUACUCCCUGCUAUUCCUGUCUGCAUUUGAGCUCGAAGGAAAAAUUAAGCGUUGAUUGUACAAGGUUUCCAGGAGUUCCUAAAGUUAACAUUUUAGAAGUUUCAUGUUUGAAUGAUGAAUACAGAGUAUCGACACUGCACUUGUGGCUAAAGGGUCCUAUUGUGGUACAUCAAUGCCUCUUUUGGAUGCACAUUUUGAAGGAUAAGAAUUUCCAGAAGAAAAAAAAAUUUAUUUAGAUUUGAAGACUCACAAUUCUGACUGUGUCAGUUCAGAUAGCAAGCUCUCCAAGGACUGUUUGUGUUGAAUCUGUUUGAGUCAAACAAGUAUAUUUGAGCGAGUGGAGCAGGCCGAGUGUGAAUUCUUUAGUAAAUAUUUGUGUCGUAUAUGUUGCUGGGUAAAUCGGUACAUUUCUAGAAGCAUAGCUGUGCACAAGAAGAAACAAUGCAUGGAAGCCUGGAACAGGCUGUGCUGAAAACACUCUGCAAAACUUUCACCUCUAUAUUGGUGAAAUGUUCUCUACCGUGCCUACACGCAGCUUUUGGUAGAUGGGGCCUGAGUGUGGAAUUGUGUACAUAGUAGCAAGGCAUCAAUGGAAUUAUAUUUUUUUGAGCCAUUCAGCAGUAAAGACUGUACAAUGUACCAUGUAUCUUGUGAUAUAUGUGUGAAACUUAGUUUAAUUGGAAAACUGGGAUAGUACAUUGAUCUUCAUUAAUUAUGACAGUGUCAAAUGUUCUUAAUUGCAUGCAACAAAAUUUAAUGCAGGUUGCAUAGGACAAAUUGGAUUACUUACACAGUCCAUCAGCUUUCUUUGACAUUUAGUAAGGUUAUACCAUCAGACCAUGUGUGGAAGGCAGAUUUCUGUGGCACACGGUGCUGCAGUGGCAGUCUAGUGCCAUUUGCACCAGUGACCUUUUUGCAACUUGCUACUUUAAAAAAAAAAUUUAACUUUUUUCUCUUUCUUUCUCCUCGCUCUUGGUUGUCAUAAGUGCCUUAAACAGAGAAGAAAAUUUCUCAGUGCUCACCUAUGUAUUCAGAGAAGACAUGAAUGAACCUGGGUUUUGUGAAAGUUAUUUGUACAGCAGUCAUUACUGAGGCUUUCACACAGGACAUGUAAAUUUAUUUCAUAUAAGUAAAUGUACAGUUAAAACUUUUCAAGGCACAAUUUAAUAUUACUUCAAGUGACACAGGCCAAUUCUCUGUGUCCUGUUGUGGCCCAGUAAAGGAAAUUGGCUGUAUGGGCUCAAAGCAAACGCUAAAUAUGCACCUUGACUUUGGUUAGACUUCUUACCACAUGGUGUGUCAUAAUAUGAUAUAAAGAACUUCUUCAAACAUAAUGGAAUCGGAAGGAAAUAAAAUUUUACGUAUUUACCCAUAAUUUGCGUAUAACUCUGGCAUUUUUUUUUAUAAUAAUGCAUGUUGGCCAUUCAUCACACAGCAUGCAAAAAGUUCAUAAAUUACAAUUCCCCCCCCCCCCCCCCCACACACAAUUUGCACGCCUGAAAUCAAUGUACGAAGAAUAUCAAUGUUUGUUUGCUGUUUAUCAGCCUACUGUGAUGUUUUCAACGAGAAUAACAUUCAGGUGGUUCUUUAAGGCAAACAUUAAUUCAUUAUCACAUAUGAUACAUCAUGCAGUUGUGUGCUAUUUUGUGGAAGAGCAGGUAUUUGUUUCCUCACGACAGAACAAAUUUGAUGGCAAACAAAUGUUUCUAUGGGCUAUACUAUUUCUUAGCGCUAUUAUUGCAAUAAAUAUGUCAGAAAAUGAAAAUUCCUACAGUGUUUACGGUAAACAUAGAGUGGGGCCUGCUGUGUUUCAAUGGCUAAUGACAACAGCAGCAACACAUAACUCUUGGUAAGAGAAAUUAGGUUUUCUUUCAGCUUGCGCCACGUCUGUAAGGAACCCGCCGUGGUUGCUCAGUGGCUAUGGUGUUGGGCUGCUGAGCACGAGGUCGCGGGAUCGAAUCCCGGCCACGGCAGCCGCAUUUCGAUGGGGGCGAAAUGCGAAAAUACCUGUGUACUUAGAGUUAGGUGCACGUUAAAGAACCCCAGGUGGUCCAAAUUCCCGGAGGAAAUAAUGUGUGGCUGACACACUACGGCGUGCCUCAUAAUCAGAUCGUGGUUUUGGCACAUAAAAACCCUAUAAUCUAAUUUUAAUUUUUUAAAUUUACGUCUGUAAGGACUGCAAACAUAAAUAUUUACAUAAAUGAAAAACGCUAUAAAAGGUCCAGCCUAGAUAUAGAUGCUAUCAAUUAGUCAACGGUAACGUAGUCAAAUUUGAAAGAAACUUGUACUUGCUGGUGCUGAGAGGAUUGCAGUCCAUUUUUUACAGCAAAACUUCAAUCUCUUUGAAUGCUCCCAAUAUAUUUUGCUGGUUUUCUGCUAUUCGAAUGUAUUUUUGUAUAGUAAGAUGCUCCGGUAACUGCAUGGUGUAUCGUAUAUGAUAUGCAACAACUUUCACUCAUCAACUCUCAGCCACACGUUUCUUUAGAAAAUUAAGGUUUCUUUGAGCAUAUCUGACUAAAACAAAGGCUUGUAUAACUUUGUCAUUAGAAAAUAUAAAUAAAGAAAUCAGGGAUUAAAUAAACCAUUUGGCACUUGUGGAGAAAAUUUGGUUUAAUGGCUAAACUUCGCAUGUGCCACAUUCAAUUUUCUAUGUAUACGCUAACCGCAAUGGUGGUGACAUGACUGCUCUAAUUCUGCUGACCUUGUGACCAUCACAUGUUGCAUUAUGCGAGGUAAUGCCCAGGACUGCCACGUUUUUGGUGUGACAGUGCUUGUUACAAUGAGCCUUGUAGCUUCUACCAUUGACUAGGUUCCUAAAGUUCAGCCAUUUGAAGCAUAACAUAAGACACAAGAUGCUGUAACCCCCCCCUUUCGAAGUAAAAGCUAUGAGUUGAUAAAAGAUUGUUAAUAAAAUCUUUUAAUCUGCUUAUUCAAGGCACUAUGCGGUAGGUAGGUUCCUGUCUCUUCAGUGAAAAAAAAAAACUUGUUCGAUCUUGAAAUGGAACCUUGGGUCUCCCAGCACAGCAGCCCGGUUCUCUAACCAUUAGGCCACGAUCACACACAUACUUCUCUUGUGCCAACACCAAUUAGCUAUUUGAGUGUGUGCGACAUUGCAUAGCACGAGCAAAAGCAUGUGUGCACGCACAUGCCAGUUUCUAUUCGGUCUCAGUCUUACCACUGUCUUUCGCAUGCAUCUCAUCUAAUAGCAACAAGCUGCUAACAGUGGAAUCAUGCCAGUUUCUCUCAUUCUUCUCAUAUAGCAGCCAGCGCUUUGAGACAUGUUGUUACCAGUGUUACACUGCACUGCCUUCGGGAUUGGCACACAUUCCUCAGUCCUUUCUUCAUAGUAGUUAACUCUACGUAGACGUUGUGCGACAUUGUACCGCCAUGGGUAUCAACCCAGGUCAUUAUGGAGCAGGUUGUAACAGAUCGUCUGAGUACAAAAAACUCAGUUGUCAUACUACUGUCCUCGCCGUCUUCUUACUGCUGUCAUCACACACAUGCUCGUGUCACAUAAACAAUUUCUUGCCUUACACAAACUUGUUGGUCCAUCAGGUAAUGCUUUGCAGAACCCCAAACGAGGCUGGAUAGCCAGCUGCAUGCAGAAUGCUUUGCAUUACAUUGAUUCCCACAGCUUGUGGGAUCUGCAUAAUUCUGUUCUCCUUUUUUGGCAUUUUUCUACAGAUUAACUAAAGUUAAAGAUUUUUUCAAAGUUUCAUUAUUUGCAACCUAACUCAUUUUAUUUUUUGUUGACUGAUUGUACUUGGCCAGUCAUUACCACACUGUGAUAUCAUGGAAGGUGGCACUGCCACCAACUUUUUCCAUUUUGUCACAUCUGGCCUAACCACUGUUAUUAAAGCGGCCUCUGUGCUACUUGAGAAAUGUGCCCUAUCUAGUUUACCAAUUUUUUUCUACUGUUAGCAUUCCUUUGAAGAAGAUGUUGCGUUGUCCUGGUUAUGGUCAUGAUAUGCCGAGAGUGCAUGCAUUUAUUUAUAUAUAUAUAUAUAUAUAUAUUGGAAGAACUUUUAUUCUUUUAGUUUUCAUAUUCAUUAGUUACUAUCCUAUAUAUGUGAUCAACAGUUGUCAGACUGUCAGAUCUCUGAGGCCAACAUUUUGACAAGGGGACUUGUCUUUAUCAGGGCCCUGACGAAGACAAGUCCUUUUGUCGAAGCGUUGGCUCCAGCCCUUAUCCCUUGUUCAACCACUGUUGGUCACUUGAAGACCUUCCUGUGAACCUCUGUAUGAACUGUUGUCCUAAAAUUUGUGUGGAUAAAGUUUGUGUUUAGCGUAGGCAUGUAUAGCGGCCACCCACAAUUAUUACGUUCAGAAAAAUUAUGUUUGUCUCGUUUUGUCUUGCACUAUGUUUAUAAUGUUGCAGGCAUGCAUGAAUUGCCGACUCCAAAUCAUUAUGGGGUUAAGUAAGCCAAAUUUUCGCAAGGCCCGGGAAGUGUGAACCAAAACAGUACGGGAAUUUAGCUUUCUUGUAGAGGCUACACCCUGCGAACUUUUUGUCCCCAGUAGGACACCAUACCAUGUUGCACACCAGCCAAACUGAUUCUAAGAAUUAUGUUUCAAUACAUUCUUUGCCAGAUAGUAAUGUGCCACACAUUUGUUACAGUUUACUGGUUUGACUUCGACGACAGUUAAGCAAGUUUCAAAACGUCAGUCAAAUUUAUAAAAAAAAUUAUUUGCCUUCAGAGCAGACUUCUAUAGUGAACUUUUUAAUGGACACCUGGAAGGAGCUUUCUUCAUGCCAAGAAUUUCUCAUAAUUAAUACAGUGGUACUUAGAUGUACAUUUUUCUUCUGUCAGUUUUCUUUGUAAUGCCGUUUCAUGCCCUUUGUCUGUUUUCAUGCUUUUGCCUUAUUUCUCUCCAUAUCAUUUAGCUGUAAUCAUAGCUGUAAUCAUAAAGUGAACCUUGGGCCAAAGUCAUAAUUGUGUUCUAGUCCUACUCGUUCUUUAGUUAUUGGCUCAAGCAGUACCAACUGUGAUUGUCUUUGUGGUUGAGCAAAAUACAAAAGAUGGCACAAAAUUGCAAUGAAAAAAGCUUUCACCUUAAAUGCAGCCCUGAAUGCAGUUAUACCUUAAUUCUUUAUUCUGCUUCCAAUUCUGAAAGAUCUCAUGUCACUGGGAUAAUUGAAUGGAACGAAAAUUGUUACGCGUGUUCAAAAUACUGUUACAUAGUGCUUCGAAAGCAUUCCAUUGAUGACUCGCAUGAUCCUUGGCCUGCACACUGUAGCACAAAGCUUAUAGUUCCUCAGUUUUCGUAUUACUUUUGUUAGACAAUUGCCUAAAACUGUCGACAAUACGGUUUUUUAAAUGGUGGAAACAAAAUUAGCAGACGAUGUAGGUUCUGCAUAAGAAAGUACCCAAGCAAGACUGGGCAUAUGCACUCUCACUAACCUUGUUUUUGCUGUAUCACAAUACCCACUAUCCUCUAAUGCUGCAAAUGGCUUUGAAGAGAGGAGAAUGUGGUGAAUAGACGUAGGUAGCAUGCAAAGAUGCAUGUGCUGUUGUGUAGUAUCUUUCUUUGCAUAAAUGCUUUCUCAGACCCUUGGAAGUUGCAGGAACUGCUACGGAGCCUUGUGAAAUACCAAACACAAUAACUACUAUGGACGUUAUCAAAUGUCCUACCAUGAGCCUAUAUCUAUUACAAGUCCUUGCUCUAUCUGAAUCUGGCUAUAGCAAAGUGAUUUGUCAUCCUUGUUAAAUUUGUUACAACUUGGUCACACAGCAUAUGCCAUUAUCUUGCAGUUGAGAGUUUUUACAUUGCAGUGUAACACAUUUCAUUUUACACUGGUAAUGUAUGUGCUAAGCUCGUUUUCUAGACAGACAAAAAGCCAACUAUGCGCGGUAAACAUUAUUUCGUUUUAGUAUUACUUUUUUUAGGUGCGCACUGUAGACUGCAAGUUCCCUUGCUAAUGAACUUCUGAGUAUUCAUACAAGUAUUGGCUACUGGGCUUGUUCUUUGUUGUCAUUCUCUUGUCCUUUUUAUUUAGUUUUGUUCAGCUUCCAGCUUUUUACCUAGCCACAUUAUACAAGAAGUGCAGUGUUCUUGAAAUGCUCCUUUUGUAGUGGUGAUGGGAGUUCUAAAUACAUGUGCUCCCAGUAAGUGAGAGCUUGCUGUUUAUGUAUAGAGCAAGAGUGUAUUCAAGAUGACAGGCAUAAAGUUUUAUACCAGGUGUUUAUUUUAAUGCGUAACACUUCUAAAAGAAACUGUUAUCUUGGCCCUGCCAUUUUUGCAAAUAUGCAAAAGGCUAGCAACAAGAAACUUUUCAAUGAUCAUUUUGCUAAGUACCUAAUACAUGGUAAUUAACUUUUUAAUUACUAACCUUAGAGGACACAUAUUGUAAUUGCGAAAUUGAAGCCGAGGAGUAGUGAAGUCAUGUCUGCUUAGCAGAAAACUAGUACCACUUUCGUGAUAUCUGUCACCAAAUUCUGCUAAAAUAUACCUCGGUGUUUCAGUUAAGAUUGUCCCAGAAUGGUAGAGGCACAUCGUAUGGAAACGUCAACUAGAGUACCAGCAUAUUUCGUAGUACAUUUUAAGGUCUUGUAUAUCAAAAGUGGUGCUCGUCGCAUAAAAAAAAUACACCUGUUAUAAUCCACCUUUCAUAUGGAAGUCUGGAUUCUACUAGCUCUUGGUUGCACAGUUGCUGCACUACUGACCAUAAAGAAAUAGUGUAUUUGAUUUCUUUUCCUGUGUAGUUAUUUUUGCAGAUAGCAUUUAGGACGAAAUGAAUUAUUCUACUUCUGUGCUUAAAUUUUUUAGUCUUAAAUUUUAUCGAAAUUUUUCACUUUGUCCUACAAUAAUCAAAUUUGCCUAUGUUUGGCUGGUUCAGGCAAAAUAACGCCGUUUUGUCAAACAAACAUGAAAUUCACCACGCUUUUUUUAUGAUAGCAGAACGUUUAUCAUGGCACAAAAUCAUUUCUUGCUCAUCUAAAAAAUCGAGUUUGUGAAAUCAAUUUCAUUUGUAUUAAAUUUUCAUUUGGGGAAAUAUUGUUUAUGUUUGCAUAGGAGGAGAAUGAAGUGCUCACAUACUAAUCUCAGCUUUUUCUUUUUUUUGAGGGGGGGGGGGGGGGGAGAGUUUACUGCACUGCUUUGGUGACACACAAUGCAAGAAAGAAUGAAGAUAUACAGCUCCAAACUGUGAAUCCUUUACUAGCAUGUGUACGUCAGAUAUACAGUAGAACCUCGUUGAUACGUUUUGGAAGAAAACGUACUAACUGGGUAAACGUACGAUCUGAAGUAACUCAAAAAUUUGACAGACUCGCUGUAGACACAUGUAAUGCGAACCGAUGCGCGAAUCGUUGCAGCACGAGAGGCCGACGCGCGUUGAGCUGGUGGGGCUCAGAAGGUGCGAGACGCGUUUUGUUUUCCCUAUUGCGUUGUGUUUUAAGACUGUGACGGAGCCCGAAACGAAAUCGAAUUGGUGGGCGACGCCGGAUGCCGCCGGAAGGAAACGGCGGCGCGUUUGGGUUAUCGCCUACUAAAAGUGUGCAGUGCGCUUCCGACGGCACUACGCCCCACGCGCUGUGAAACAGGUGAAUAUGCUUAUCUCAUUAUGGUUGGCGGCGAUAGCUGUGAAUGCGGCGUGCGAGGACACGGGAGGAGAUUCGCUGGUAGAAACUGAGCGCGCGCCGGCGUUUUCAUGUGAGACGGGCGGGCAUGUAUUGCGAGCAAGUUGAUGCGGCGGGCGGCUACUGUUCUCGAUCGCGCGCCUCCCGCCAUUUUCUUGUUUACAUGGACUCUAGUGGUCGGAAAACGUAUAUGAUCGCAAUCUGCAGCAGGAAACCGCGGCAUGUUUGGGUUAUCGCUGAUUAAAAUUUUGCGUGCAGUAUUCUUCCAGCGGCACCAUGCGCUGUGAAACAUAUAGCAAAGAUGCCUAUCACAAUAGGAUUGGCGGCGAUAGCUGUGAAUGCGGCUUGCGAUGACCUGGCAGGUGAUUUGUUGGAACCGGAAUAAGAAACCGAGUGUACGCCGGGGUUUUCACGCGAGACGUGCAGGCGAGUGGUGUGAAGCUGCCGUGGCGGGCGGCUACUGUUCUCGAUCGCGGGCGCUUCGCGCAUUUUCUUGUUUACAUUGGAUCUAGUUGGAAAACGUAUAAUGCGAUCGCAGUUUGGCGAUGUACUGAACGCUGGUGCUGAAAGAUCGUGUUGUCCGGGAACGUAUGAACCGGUAAAAAAAGCGUAGCUCUUUGAAUCAUUUUUUGUGUUCUCGAUCGCGAAUGUUGGCACCAAGUAAUCUAUUGUGAUCGAGAGGGACAAAUUUAUCGAGAGCAAUGCGGGAUUGUAUCAACGAGGUUCUAUUGUAUACAGCAUGAAAGAAUGGGCUGAAAAACCAUCAAACAUAAUAAAGGUAAUUCUUAGUGGUUCUGCAUUGUCACAGGUGGCAAUUUCCAGCUAUUAUCCACAUAUAAAUAUAAAAGCAGGUACAUGAAUGCCAUUGUUUGUGUGUUCACAUCAUUUCCGAGUACAUUCCUUAGUAUUAAUUGCUGUCAUUGAGCCAAGGUUUGAAUUUCGCUAAACAUCUGUUCAGGUCAGCGGCAUAAAAAGUAUGCCGGUAAAUUUUCUAAAGUCUCGAGCAUACCUGCAGCACGUGUGCCUGCAUAUGUGCUCACAUGUGUGCUCACACGUGCGUGUGUGUGUGUGUGUAGUCCAAUAUAAAUGCGCCUAUCUUCCUUACAAUUCCCGUCAAGCGAAAAAUAUUUAAUAUAUGUCGUUAUUGACGCACUCUGCAAUUUUAUUUGUACGACUUAUGGCGCAAUUGCUCUUGCCAAGUGCUGGGUACUAGGAACAACUGUCUUCUUCCCCAUGGAAGCAUGCAGAUACAUUAAUUAUGUGUGUAGGAAAUCUUGUGUAUAAGAUACCAUUCACUUAACAAGAUAUCAUGCAUAGUUGACUGCUGUGCAUAUAACAGCAGCACAAAUAACUGAUUUCUGUAGAACAGAGACUGCUCAAAACUGUCUCUGUACUGCCUUUGAUGUCAAUUCGCCAUGCAGCAAGAAGGGUGACAGAAGUUGGGUGGGGUGGGGGACUAUAUUGUAAAAAAUGUCACGUGGGCCAUUGGCUCUGAUAUGAGAGAAUGCCAGAGAGAAAUUUCACUUACGAGCACUGGUCGAGGCAGUGGGAGAGAGCCUUUGCUAUAAGGAUGAUGCCUUGCCUCCUCACAUGAUGGCCUUGCUAUAUUUCAUUUGCUUCUAUUUCUCCUACUACUCAACACUUUCCACAUGGCACUAUAAACUUUUAAUGUAUGACUAAAGUUUCUGACAGGGCUUGGUGAGUGCCCUUUUAAGGUAAGAAAUGCACUACACUGUUACUGGCAUAGUUAAAAGCAGUUUUGAAAUUUAUGAGCAGUAGCAGGAAACUGCCAUGUGUGCUGGAGCAAGACCAUUACUGAUGAUUUUGCUGUACCCAUUGGUUUUAUGCUUGCAUGGCUCUGUGUCUUCCGUUAUUGUGUUGCAUUUCAUGUCACCAAAGCACUGUAGUAAAUCUAAUAUGUACCAACUAGCACCUGCUGAAUCCUCCUUAAUUUCAGUGCAUGUUAUAGGACCUCUCGUCGUUGAAGUUGAUUCGAAUUGCACCACUACAGCAUCCCUCGUAGCCCAAAUUUUGGAUGUUAAUCUUGAUCAAGUAAUUAUUAGCAAAAUGCCAUAGCGUAGCAUCAAUGCGCUGCAUAAACAUUGUUGCCCUUGCCUAGUACAAUCUGUGCACCUUGUAUUUCUGUUUUGUCCCUGCUUUUCCCUAUCCUUGCCUUUAUGGGAGCUCUUUGCCUCAUUCUUGGUCAAGGCAUUAGAGGCUUGCAGGCCCACUACAUGGUUAAAAAAAAAAAGACAUCAUAUUUUUAAGGCUACUUCUUGGAAGUGUUCACACGUGGUCUUGAAAUUCCUUGUCAGGGCUAGAUAGCACUUUACCGACGGGCCAUUACAGUGCUACUAUGUUUAAUUAAUUAUUAAGGUCAUAUUUAACAAAACUGGCAUAGAGCAGUAGCAGGUUUUCAUGCCACAUGUAUAUGAGAAAUAUUUUUGCUCAAUGGUGGCAACAAAGAUUUCACUGUGGCCCUCUUGCCACUGUGUGCUGUGUCACUGUGCCACUUUAUGGUAAAAAAUUGUACACACAGACAAUUUGCCCAAAUUUCUGUCCUGCAAAUGUGCUGUUCUUCUUUUCCUGGAUUAAAAAAAUAUGCUGUAUAUUGUAGUGUGUUUAAACAUUUAAUUGGCCGUGCAUGCCAUAAAUGCAUGCAGCAGGAAAAGGUUGCUGCAGUAAUUUCUUGGAUGCAGCACAUAAUACUGGUUUAUUGUGGCCGUGUUAUUAAGGAUGAAAAUGAAAUGGCACGAAAACAGGACAGAGAACAGACACACACCAAGAGCUGUUUCUGUCAUUGCAUUGUCUUUGCCACCUCUCCUUUUCAUCUGUACUUGCCUACCAACAAUUCACAUGAACUCUAUUUUGCAAUGCCCUUAGCCUUGUACCAAUAAUUCCUGAAAGGUGUGAUUUUGUUGUGCAACCAGCAUAUCUGGUUUCCUAGGAUUUAUUUAGGUGCGCACAAUUCGGUGAACUUUGGUUAUACAGCAGUGAUUUACAGCAAACACCAUCACAACCAAAUUUUUGUGCCAUCAAAGCAGAUGUGAUAGUGCACCCUUGAAGCUUUUUCGAGGAACUAUAGCACCAUACAGAAUUUUCAGAUGCUGCCUUUACAGUGUGAUUUGUGAUUACGCCAUAAAAUGUUGCAAUACAUUUUUACUGCUGUGUAUAGAGUAGCGUUGUUCUGCACAGAAGCCUUGCCUUGAACUGCUGUGAAGGGACUUAGCAUGUGCCACAUUGUAGUUUGUGUGGUGGCCAAACUAAACCGAUCUUCUGCUUGCUGGUUGCUGCCCAAACUCUAGUAUGUUGCAACCGUGUUUGCAUAAAAAAGGAAAUACUUAUUUCUACCCAGCAUAUAUGCUCAGCUAUGCUGCACGUGCAGGUUGUUGAAAAAAAAAUUGGUUAUCUAGCAUUGUGUCAGAAAAAAGUGUUUUGGCUUUAUCGUGCACUGAAUCUCGCAUCAUGCCUGCAAUUUUUUACAUUGUCAUUAAAAUAAUUUAUGCAAAAU